GUCAGUCAUUUGUCAAUGUCAAAUCCCCACGUGUACUUCGCGUUUGUUUAUUGAAUUGAAUAUUGUCGGUCCUGAAUCCUGAAAUAGUCUCAUUUUAUAUGUGAAGUAUUCACUACUAUUGCGAAUAAUAAGCUACCUAAAAUACUAUUUGUUAUUUGAUUUAAAGUUAAUAAAAUGGGUAAGAAGAGGAAACUUGGGGCUAAAGAUAACGAUUUCGAAUUCGAUCCCAUACCUAAACACCUUGUUACAUCUCAUAUAAAGAAACAAGAAAAACGUUUAAUAAUAAUAUUAGAAAAUGCGCAAUUGGAAACUGUAAAGAACGGGAAUAGUUUCGAGUUACUGAACUGUGAUGAGCAUGCAAAUAUCCUGCGUAAAAAUGACCGUGACCCAGGAUCGUGUAGACCAGACAUUACCCACCAGUCAUUACUGAUGCUUAUGGACUCACCACUAAAUCGCGCCGGCUUACUACAAGUUUACAUUCACACUGAGAAGAAUGUUCUUAUUGAAAUUAAUCCACAAACCAGGAUACCCAGAACAUUUAAAAGAUUUGCUGGAUUAAUGGUUCAAUUACUGCACAAGUAUGCAAUAAGAGCUUCAGAUGGCCCCAUGAAAUUACUGAAGGUCAUAAAAAAUCCAGUGACAUCUCACCUUCCUGUGGGUGUAAAAAAAAUCACAAUGUCAUUCAGCUCUAAAAUGGUGCAAAAUUGUAGAGAAUUGGUUCCUAAGGACGAGCCUAUAGUCAUUAUCAUUGGUGCCAUGGCUCAUGGAAAAGUGGAAGUGGAUUAUUCAGAGGAUGUUAUAUCUAUAAGUAACUACCCCCUGUCGGCGGCUUUGACUUGUGCAAAAUUGUGCACUGCAUUUGAGGAAGUCUGGAGUAUUGUUUAGAUAAAAUAUGAUAAGAAAAACUAUAAAAAUGUAAAUUUUGUUUUAAUUUACACUGAUGCGUUGCUUCAGGUUUUUACCUUUAUUCUAAUAUUAUAGUAGGUAUUUAUUUUUGGACCCUUCAAGUUUAGUAAAUACAGAAAGUACUGUGCUACAGCAGACAAAACAUGUCUGGUUUCGUCAAUUUGGUCCCUUAUACAUAUACAUUUUGAAUUUAGUGUACUUCAUUCAUACAAUACAAAAAGUUUUAUUGCACAUGCAUACACAACAUUAAAACAAUGACAAAAAUUACAAUGAGAGGCACAAUCUCUUAUUGCUAAAUUUCCUUCAUUACUGCAAAUUUUUCAAGGCAACCUUAGGGUUGAAUGAACUUGCUAAGUGCUGGAGUUGGACACCAUACAAUACAGGUUUAAGUAAAUAAUGCAAUAGGGUAAAUUAACACAAAAUGGUCUCCAUACAACAUAGUUAUACAACAUCAUAGUACUACAUGUACUAGUAGAUGUCGCUAUAUUUAUUAAUUUGAGAUAUAGUGUGAAGCAUUUUAGAGGAUAAAUUUUUUCAGUCGUAAAAUAAAUCCUUUUGCAUUAA